AGUCGAAAUCAUCCGUGGUAGAAUCUCGAGGCUCGUCUAUGAGCGUGGUCGUGUGGUGAGGCCAAUCAUCGGAAUGCGGGCUUUGAUGAUGAUGAAUUGAACUCACACUCGCACGUCGUGCAGCCGCAAUUGCUCCCAAUCUGCGUGCCUGUGUCGGCGUUGUACUGCCCUCAGAACGCUGGUGCCUGAAGCUAGUCGCAGAUUUGCAGUGUGGGAGACCAGUAGAGGGUGGAAAGAGGGUCGAACUAUUGGGAUCGAGGGGUUGUUUGUUUAGUUUUGAUGAAGAUUGGGAAACGGAACUGGGUUUUGCAGUUUCGGAGCUAAUCCAUGCGAGGGGUUGCGUCGCGAACUUGACGGGGUAGUGGUUGUUUGCGUGCUUCGGAGGUCUACAUUGGACGUUCGUGUGUGGUGGGAAGCAGCUGAGAGAUUACUGAGCGAUUAUUGUAGAGAGUAUUGCGUGUGUGAGCGAAUGGGUGGAUGAGCUUGUGUUGAGAAGAGUAUGUGUUUUUUCGGUUGAUGGAAUGUGUUCUUGUUUUGUGCGAGUGAGUGAUGCGGAGGCAGUGGAGUGUUCGAGGGGGCGUAGGUAUGAGCGUUGUGUUGCCACAACCAUCUGUGUUGAGCUUUGCUUGUCGUAGAAAUCAUUGGUGAUUACGAGAUACGAGGAUAUUAGAGGGAAUUUCAGAUAUAAUUGAGUACAGUCCAGUUGUUGUUUCCUCUGUUUGUGAGGAUUUCGCCCCUCCUGGUGUUGUGGACAUACGGACCUCUGUGUCGGGUUCGGAAGUUUGCCACUCACGUCAGGAGUAGUACUGGCUGCAAAAGAGGACAGUAGUGAGGUUUUUCACGCUUGGUGGGGGAAAAUACCGUUAGGGGAAGACAACUAGAAGCAACAUAAUCAUCUUCGAGGUUUAGCCUCAUGCGAUAUUCUCGUUCGUGUGAUCUCUUCAGGACUUUCUUGAAUUCCAGAAAUUCGCGCGCAUUCCUAGGGCAAAGCCAUAAUCCUUACAGCAGCUGAGCUUUGGAACACGACGAUGUUUUGGAUUUCUUGCUAGAGUGAAUGGUUUCGAUGAGGCCGCCAUAGGCAUUCCUGGCCUUGGCCACUUCUGCCGCAGUGUGGAAUUUUGAGCCGAGGUGGAGGAGCCACGAGAUUCAAGAAAGCACCCAAACUUUCAUUUUAAUUCAGAAUUCCCGUUGGAGUUCAUACUGAAUCCUUUCUCUGGUAUGACUUCUGCAAGCAAACACGUAGUUUCCGCAGUUUUUUUUAUUUGAAGUGUCUUUUAGAACGUAGGUGGGUUUCUUUUUUGGUUGAAAGAGACGGAUUUUAAUACGAAUGUCGAGUUGAAAGAAGUGAAGGAAGGCUCCUCUUUGGCUGUCAUACAGAGACGCUGGCAGCAUGGAAGGGCUAGUUGAAGAGGAGGCUUCCCCCUCCGCGGGGAAGGUGAUAGAUCAGUUGUUUCCCAUGCCCCAGCUGGUGCCAGUACUCUUCAUUGUGUUGCUGAUGUUCAUCUUGGGCAUCAACUGGCUCAUAGCGAUUCUCCUCAUCUGCUACGUUUCUUGGGUUCAGAAGCAGUAUUUUGAGAGUGAGAGGCGACGGAUACUGUUCGAAGAAAGGAAGAGAAGCAACACAAAAAGGGUAAUGAGCGAGGGCGAGACUCUACGUUGGGUGAACGAAAGCUUGAAGGUCAUGUGGCCAGUAUGUAUGCAAAAAUUUGCGUCACAGAACUUCUUCACACCCAUGGCGCCGUGGUUUUUGGACAGAUACAAGCCCAAAUAUGUGACGAAAGUGACGAUGAACUCUCUUCAUUUAGGAAACACGCCACCAUUUUUCAGACUUAUUCAUGUACUGCAAUCUUCCCAAGACAAAGAAGAAGUGGUUUUUGAGGCGCAAAUGGAGUUUUUGUCUGACGAGGUUAUGGGAGCUCGGUUGAUUGUUGAAAUAAGUGGCGUCAAAAUCACCUUUUACAUCUCAAAACUGUACAUUAAGGGGACGGUCAAGUUUUCGUUGAACUUUGUGGGAGGUUGGCCAGUUCUAGGUCGAAUACAGUUCUGUUUUGCAAACGCUCCCACUGUGAAUAUGGACGCACGGGGAUACGGUCUCUACAUGGGUUACAUUCCAGGAGCUAAAAGCUGGCUGGAGGAAACAUUAGGCAGAGCUCUUGAGGAGUCAGUCGUUGAGCCAUACAUGUUAGUCAUCGAUAUGGAAAAGCUUGUGAGCAACAUGAUGUUUUCUGAACCUAAACCAUCGCAGGGCUUGCAAGACUUUUUUAGUGUGGAGCACAGGUCAGAUUUUACAGUGCUCGUUGAGAUUUUGGAGGCUGGUGAUCUGAAGGCUGGAAGAGCCAAUGGUUUGCCUGAUCCAAUUGUUGAGUUAUCACUGAGGUCUCAUAUACAGAAAACCAAAUCGAGACCGAAGACGAUCAACCCAGUAUGGACCGAUGAGAAACAUCGUUUUCCCAUAGAGAACUGGGAGUAUUCAAACAUCCUUAUCUUACGGGUGAUACACAAAAGCUGGAGAGGUCAAGUUGAGCUUGGGAUAUGUAGCACUCCAGUGAAAGAAUUCCAGGGCGGUGAACGCAAAGAAAGGAAAUUACCGCUCGAAAGAGAUAAGGAGACUGUGGGUUGGAUAAAGUUUGCAGUCACCGUGGAACAUCGUGGCGGUUCUGAGAGUCAUGAGGAACCACGUACAACUUUUGAAUUUCAGACUCAAACUCAGGACAUAGCAAGCAUCACACCACCUGAUUCUGCCGCCACCACGAGAAGUCAAGCACUUGGGGUCAAGGCCAAUCCACUAACACAUACAGGAAAUAGUUCCACCGAGGUUGAAACUGGAAGUCUCGCACAUGUUACCUCCGAACCAAGUGAGCCUGAUGGUGGCAGCACUGAAAUUAUUAAAAUUCAUAACAUUCCUGAUGGCGCCGUCUCAAUCCAAUUUCCUGAAAAAGAGAAAUCUUUAUAUUUCUCCCUCGAUCCUCCGAGGACUAGAACACGGAAGCCCAAGUCAAAAUCUAAGGGUGCACCCAGCAGCAACGAACCCCAUGCAAUGUCGGAUUCUAAAGUGAAGCAAUCGAUGAAGCGCCUUCUGAGAAAGGCGCGUAACAUCAGCAAGGUUUCUUCCCACGACAAGUCUCCACCGGACAGAGAAAUGAUACAGGGUGAGCAUUCUGGAUACUCCAGCAGCUUAGACUGUUCCUCAGAGCUAAAGGUGUAUCAUGGCUCUUUGAAAGUGAACUUGCAGCUGUCUCCUGACAUGGCAUCUCUAGAGCCUCGUGAGACUGAGCUUCCUUGUGAGCCUCUGAAUCUGGAUUCAAGCACCAAGCUGGAAACCGUCCAUAGCGUCCAGGAUCCAGAUAAUUUUUUGCUGAAGACACCUGACCUGGCUCAUACGAGACGCAACAAUUUUCAUGAGAAGAUCAAUGAGGGCUGCACUGGAGCCCCACAAUCCGAGAUCAAAGGCCCGCAAUUAUCCCUCGUGGGGGGAGCGGUAGGGAAGUCGAGUAUCUCGAACGAACUGAACGAGGCAACACUUAGUAGCACCCCGAUAUUGCAAUCUCAUAUGCCUGAGAAGCAGAACUCCAAGAAUAGAACAUGGUUGACCAAGUUUAAUCUCCCCAAACGGCGGAAGAACCCAAGGAAAAGUAAGGGUGGCAAGGUGGAUUACGUCUCAGCGUACAGCUUCGAACGGGACCCGGGUUCUUUACCAUUAUCUGAAACUGACACUUCCGCCACUCAAUCCUUUAGGGAAGAAGGUUCAAAGAAAGAUUUCAAGACGUUGUCUCGCCAAGGGCAACCAAUUGCCACCGAUGGGUCACCUGAAAAUCAUCGCAGCAUCCUUGCCUCCAGUGGGGGUGCCAGUGGCAGCCAGUCCUGCAGAGUAGAGCCCAGCAAUGCCAAGAAGAUUACUGGAACACAGUCAAUGUCAAUGCGGUUUGACUCCUUGAACACCAUUCACGAGAGGCACGACCGUCUGGACCGCACAGCAUGAAGUCUAAGAUGUCUGACAUGCCUUCGUAUCAUAGAUUAUCCAGGCUUGAGCUGUACAAUACUGUUCAUCAUUAUUAUGCCAGGCUUGCCAAAAUCAACUCAAGAAAAGAAUGAGGUCAGAUAAAAACCAUCAAACAUUUGAGAGGAGUGGUGGCACACUCCCUUCAGGUCAGUGGUAGCAUCAUACCACUCUUGAAUUAGCUAUUGUGUCAAGCUUCUUCACUUGUAACUAUUGUACAGUUGAGCUAUAUUUGGGACCCCCAUGGUGAUGCUUUGGUAAGCGUCAAAAUCAAUGGUGCAAUGUCACAACCUUUCCAAAUUAAACAAGAGGUGAUGCAAGGGUGCCCACAUGCCUCCUACCUCUUCAUCAUUAUUGUGGAGGUUUUAAAUAUUACAAUCAAAACUGAAGUGGCAA